GAUUUCAUCCAAUCAGCGAGGUCCAAGUUUAAACAUGGCGUCUCCCGUCAGCUGCAGAACAUUAUCGGUGUUUCUUUUUCUUAUGUUAUUCAUAUCGGUGCAUUGUACAAACACAAAAGCUAAGAAGAAAAAGGACAUACGGGAUUAUAAUGAUGCUGAUAUGGCAAGACUGCUGGAGGAGUGGGAGAAAGAUGAUGACAUUGAGGAGGGUGACUUACCCGAGCACAAAAGAUCUCCUCCACCCAUUGACUUCUCCAAAAUAGAUGCGUCCAAACCAGAAGACCUCCUGAAGAUGUCUAAGAAAGGAAAGACCCUGAUGGUGUUUGCCUCUGUGUCAGGAAGUCCGACAGAGAAAGAGACGGAAGAGAUAACCAGCUUGUGGCAGGGAAGCCUCUUCAAUGCCAACUUUGAUGUUCAGAGAUUUGUAGUGGGAUCUAACCGUGUCAUCUUCAUGCUGCGUGACGGGAGCUAUGCCUGGGAGAUUAAAGACUUCCUGGUGGCUCAGGACCGGUGCGAGGACGUCACUGUGGAGGGACAGGUGUACCCUGGGAUAGCUGCCAAGAAAGAUGGCAAGGGGAAGGAACAAAAUGAGACCAAGAAGAAAGGAGGCAAGAAAGCAGCCAACCAAGCGAAUAAAAGCAAGCAGGAGCUAUGAUACACAGGCCUCCAAGGCCUAAUGUCUUUAUAGAACACAGGACUGAAGAAAAGUUUCGCUAACAGGUGUUACCAGUGUACUCGAUGCCAAGGUCACUAGAGGUUGAAUAAAGUUAACUGAAAUUAAAUCAUCAAUCUUUGAUUUAGAGCUCUGUUUAAUUUUUUUUUCUGUAUUACUAUGACUCGCCUAAUUUUUUCACGGGAUGCCCAGGAAUGAUUUCAAGAAUAAACCAUUUUUAUAAUUA